UGUGGUUGCGACGUGCGUUGGAUCCAGCUUUGGCAGCAGAGAGGAGAGGCGGGGCUUCACACCCAGAUGCUGUUCUGCAGAAACGGGGCCUUUAAGAUACGAUUGCAAAACAUGUACAUUACCUUAUGUGACGUACCAGAGAUCAGUGUAAGCCACAACAGUAGCCUGAUGAUGAUAGAGGGUGAUAAUGUAACGGUCAGCUGUAAUGGGUCAGGAGCUCCCCUCCCCGAAGUCGACUGGACAGUCGCUGGACUACACUCCAUCAACACACACCUGUCUAAUGUCUACUGGCCCAACAUCCAUUCUAUUAACCUGACGCUAGUCAACGUAAGUCGAGACGACAACGGCUUCCUGCUCACCUGCAUAGCAGAGAACCUAGUGGGAAUGACCAACGCUUCCAUCCAGCUGGCUGUACAGUUUCCACCAGUCAUCCUGAAACUCUCCGAGCCUGAGCGGCGCCAUGACACCUGCAUAGAGUUCACAGUGAGAGGCUAUCCCUACCCGACGCUGCGAUGGUACCACAAACAGAGAGAGAUCCUGCAGAGUGAGUACAUCAGGACGGAGAUGGAUUUCUACCGGGACUAUCUGGAGGGAUGUCUGACUUUUCUCAACCCAACACACUACGAUAACGGAAACUACACGCUGCAGGCCUCCAACUCCCUGGGGACCGUCACCAAGACGGUCUACGGACACUUCCUCACGGCUCCGCCCUUUGACCCUGACCCUGACGUGUGUGAGUGUAGCCCAGUGCCAGCAGACAAUGCCAUCAGGCCGGAAGAGGAGACGUUUGGGGUGUCCAUAGCAGUAGGUCUGGCUGGUUUCACCAGUGUUCUCCUCAUCGUCCUCUUCAUUCUCAUCAACAAAUAUGGCCGACGCAACAAGUUUGGAUUGAAGG